GAGAAGUCCGGUCCGUCGCUAGAGAUGCCACAUAUACGCCAAACAAAGUGACUUGUGUUUGUAACGCCAUUAAAAGGUAAGUCGGCUGUUCCUUCGCUCGGCCCAACGUUACAAACAGACCGAUAAGCCGGCUCAGUCCGCCACUUCACUGGGGUCCGCUGACGUUUACAGCUAAAGUCCUGCAGUCAUGGCCAACGACCCCCUGGCAGAGGCUGGCUUUCAUUUUGAUGACCUCAACAAGCUGAGGGUCCUGGACCCUGAGGUGGGCCAGAAGACGUCCGAACUCAAGGAAGAGUGCAAAGAGUUUGUGGACAAAAUUGGCCAAUUUCAAAAGAUAGUUGGAGGUCUCAUAGAGUUGGUAGACGAAUUGGCCAAAGAAGCCGAAACGGAAAAGAUGAAGGCUAUCGGAGCAAGGAACUUGUUGAAGUCGGUUGCGAAACAAAGAGAUGCUCAACAGCAACAGCUCCAGGCUCUCAUAGCAGAGAAGACGAUGCAGCUUGAAAGAUACCGAAUUGAGUAUGAGGCGCUGUCUAAAGUUGAGGCGGAGCAGAAUGAAUUCAUCGAUCAAUUCAUUCUCCAGAAAUGAGCACAAAGGACGAAGGUAUCCGGAGAAAUCGUCUGUUUGUGUGUAUUGUGUGUUCCAGAGUGCCUGUCCUUUUGUUGGUUGGUUUUCUAUCAGCGAUAGAUUUCGUAGAGCAGCAAACAAUGACAUCAUUCUUAUUGUAAGGCAAUCCAAGAGCUUGUGCUACAGCCAAGAACAUAUUUACACCACAUUUAUGCGAUUAUAUCAACUGAAGGACAUCUGCUGAACUAUGCCCACAAAGGGGAAUAUGUUUGACUUUUCCAAUUAAAAAAUAAACUAUUUAUCAGGUACUUUUGAAAUCGAACCAUUAUCAUUUCACCAUGUCGUACAAGCAAAAGAUGAUGCUAUUUAUAUACAAAGAAACAUAUUUAUACUAUU